AUGGAUCUUGCUCCAGUAAUCGAAUCACUUCAAGCUACACUUGCGCCUCAAUUGCGUCAGCAAGCCGAAGAAAAACUUGCUCAAUUCUCUAAAACACCCGGUUUUAUCCCAUGUCUCAUUCAAAUUAUUCUCAGUGAACAAUGUGAUAUGGGUGCUCGACAAGCUGGAGCUAUCUACUUAAAAAACUAUGUUAACACAAAUUGGCCUGAUGGAACCGACCCGAGUGCAACAGCUGAUCCUGACAUUCUUGCAUUAGCAAGUGCUGUAAACAUUGAUGUCUCGAAAACAAAUGGCGAUCAUCCGCAAAGAGCUUCUCCUAUAUCUGAUGCCGAUAAAGAUUAUUUACGAAAUAUUCUUAUUGAUGCGAUACUACGCACCAAAGAUCCGCUAAGAUGUCAACUGAUUACAGCAGCAGGCACACUAAUUAAAUGUGAUUUUCCAUCUAAAUGGCCGCAAUUUAUUAAUCAAAUUCAUGCAUGUCUUUCAACGGACAAUAUCGAAACAUGGAAUAGCGUUCUGUUGGUUUUUUAUGCACUUGUGCAGCAUUAUGAAUAUAAAAAAUCCGAAGAUCGUGGUCCGAUGGAUGAUGUUAUGCUUGUUAUCUUACCACUCCUUCAUCAACGUUUAAUGCAAUUAUUUGCUCACAAUGAUUCAGAUCAAUCAGCGUUGUCACAAAAAACAAUUUUGAAAAUUUUUCAUGCUUAUAUUCAGCUUCAUCUAAGUUUUCGAGUAUUGCCAACGCAAACAAUGGGCUCAUGGCUUGAUACAUGUUGUAUGGUUUUAGAACGACGUUUACCUGAACGUUUAGAUGCACUCGAUGAAGAUGAUCGAGCUGAACAUCCAUGGUGGAAAUGCAAAAAAUGGGCUUUACAUAUUCUUCUUCGAACAUUCGAAAGACAUGGAUCACCAGCUAAUUUACCUAAAGGACAAUCGCAUGAAAAAGUUGAAUUUGCUAAUUUUUUCUUGAAAGGUUAUUCAGCUAAGGUCAUACAACUUAUUUUUGCUAUUCUCGAAGCAUACAGACAAAAAGUUUAUGUUUCACCACGUGUUGUUCAACUUUGCCUUAAUUAUUUACGUGAAAGUGUUCGCCAUGCAUUUUCAUGGAAAAUUGUUCAAAAUCAUGUUGUUGUAUUGAUUCAAGAUAUUAUUUAUCCAUUAUUAUGUAUUAAUGAUGAUGACAUUGAAUUAUUUGAAGAUGAACCAGUUGAGUUUGUCCGUGCACGUCUUGAUAUUCUUGACGAAUAUAUAAGUCCAGUUUCAGCUGCUGAAUUAUUUUUAUCGGAUGCAGUAGCCAAACGAAAAGAUGUUCUAAUGAAAACUGUUAAUUUUCUUGGUACAGUUAUUCAUAAUGAUACAAUUACACCAAAACAAAAGGAUGGUGUCUUACAUAUGUUAGGUGUUAUUGGAAAUGUUCUUAUAAAGAAGAAAACUUUUACUAAUCAAUUAGAACAUAUCAUCGUGCAAUAUCUAUUUCCUGAAUUACAAAGUCCAGUAGCCUAUCUUCGUGCACGUGCUUGCUAUGCAUUGAGAAAUUUUUCGAAGCUUGAAUAUACUAAUCCAGAGAAUUCAACACGUUGCUUAACAAAUUUAAUACACUGUUUAUGCAAUGAUACGUCAUUACCGGUACAAAUUGAAGCAGCAAUGGCAUUAAAUUUAUUUUUAUCGGAUACAGAGGCUAGUGAAAAAGAUAAAGCAAUCAUCAUCCCACAUCUACAAAUAAUUGUUAUGCGUAUUAUUGAAAUAAUACGUAAAACCGAAAUUGAUGAUGUUAUGAUUGUUUUACAAAAAAUUGUCGGCUUAUUCGAUCAAGAUUUACAACCUAUUGCUGUUCAAAUGACAAUGCAAUUAGUAGAAUUCUUUAAACAUGUUAUUGCUUCAGAAAAUACACCAAGCGAUGAAACAAAAGCAGAAGAAAAAACUGUUGCUGCUAUGGGCGUUUUAAAUACAUUGGAUACUAUUGUUAGUUGUAUGGGAGACAAGCCAGAAAUCCUUGCACAAAUCGAACAAAGUAUUUUUGAAAUCAUUGCUGUAGUACUACGUGAUGGUAUUCUUGAUUUCUAUGAAGAAAUCUUAACACUCAUUGAUACUUUAACAAUAAAUACAGUUAGUCCAGUAAUGUGGCAAGCAUUUUAUUUAAUUAAAGAAGCAUUCUAUCGUGACGCUGCUGAUUACUUUGCCGAAAUUAUGAAUUGUUUGCAUAAUUAUGUUGUCAAUGAUACUCCAGGAUUGGUAUCGCAACAUGAUCGACUUGAAAUCCUUUUUGAAAUGUGUAAACAUGUCAUAGUCAAUGAUUUGGGUGAAGAUUCCGAGGCACAUGCAGGUAAACUUAUGGAAGUUGUUAUUUUUCAAUGUCAAGAUCACAUGAGUGUUGCUCUUCCUGCAAUUGUUCAAUUAAUUGCUACACGUUUUCAACGUAAAAUCAUCACUAGUGAAUUACGUCUAAUGCUAAUUCAAGUAUUUAUUGUGAUGCUAUGGUUGAAUCCUGAUCGAUUCUUUCAAACAUUGAAUACUGUUGCUACAAAUGAUCCAAGUACACAAACAAUAAUAGCUAAUUUUUUUAACCAAUGGAUGACUGAUUGUCCUUUAUUUGCUGGUGUUCAUGAUCGUCGUGUUUGUGCGCUCGGUCUGUGUACUCUACUUCGUAUUGAUGCUACUUAUUAUCCAGCCAUAUCGAGUAUUGUACCCAAAAUAUUACCUAAUUGUAUUCAAAUAUAUGAUGGUUUGAUGAAAACUUAUCAACAUAAUGAAGAAGAAGAUAGUGAUGAUGAGACUGACGAUGAUGAUGAUGAUGAUUCAGUAGCCAGCGAUAUUGAAGAUGGUGAAGAUGAAACUAUCGAACAUGAAGAUGAUUUUCUUGAAAAACUUUCUAAAAAAGCGUCUGAUCAUGAAAUGUCUGGUGAUGGACUUGAUGGUGAUGAUGACGAUGACGACGAUGAAGGCAGCGAUUUUGAUAUAGAUGAAACUGAUCUUGAAUCAUAUUCAACUAUACUUGAAGCUAAUGAAGAUAUUGAUGAAUUUCAAAUAUUCUGUGAAAGUUUACAAAAACUUCAAGCGGAUACAACUGGCUAUAAUCAAGCAUUAUUACAAAGUGUUACACCUGAGCAACGUGUGCAUAUACAAAAUAUCAUUCAUUAUACAGAAAAAAGAAAACAAGAAAAAGAAUCAAAUAAAAUUCGUGAAGCUGGCGGUUACAACUUUUCACAAUCAGCUGCUGCUGGACCACCAACAAGCUUUAACUUUACUGGAAAUGGUCCAACAAUAAAUCUACUUCAAAAUCAGAAAUGA